CGGUCUAUGGCUGCACUUGCAUCCUCUUGUGCAACUUCUCAAAGCCAUGCGAGUGUAGCCGAGCGACCGGGGCAGAAAGGGCAAUGGCACUAGCGCGUCCAUUCAAGCUGUCAGGCGUAUUUAUUAUUAUUAUUUUUUAAGGGGGGGGAAAAAAGGCGUGAUGAAUGACGUCACAGGCUCCUGUCUCCCAAUAUGACCAGAUGAUGCAGGGCUCGUGGACUCGGACUCAGGUUCUGGUGAAGGGGUCUUCAAUGGACCGGGAAAGGGAACUCUGAUGGCUCUCCAGGCCCCGGGCUGGAAGGAGACACCGAGGGAAACGUACAGCUGCAGCAGGUAUCUGGGAAGCGACGCGGCGUCCGCGCCCCGCGAAAAAGAAUCACCACGGUGCGGCUGUCGUGCUAUUCACCGGAGGGUACCAGCGGCAAGGGGAACAUGGCCGCGCAGUCGGACGGUAAAGCCGGGGUGGGUUUUGCCCAGCUUUAUGACGUCGAUGGCGACGAGCCGAUGGACUCGGCCGCGAUCCACAUCUGCCAGUGCUGCCGCACUUCGGCGUGCUACUGGGGGUGCCGAUCUGCCUGUCUCGGAUCGUUGCCCGGCGGGGGCCAACCCCCCGCCGGGGGCGUCGGUGUCCGGGAGACUCACUGCCCACCCCCGGAGCAGCUGUGGCUGGACUGCCUCUGGAUCAUACUGGCCCUCCUCGUCUUCUUCUGGGACGUUGGCACGGACCUGUGCCUCGCGGUGGACUAUUACCAGAGGCGGGACUACCUGUGGUUUGGCCUCACGCUCUUCUUCGUGCUGGUGCCUUCUGUGCUGGUCCAGAUUUUGAGUUUCCGCUGGUUUGUGCAGGACUAUACUGGAGGAGGGCUCGGGGAGGUUGAGGGUUUGACAAAGCGGGGUGCGGUGGCUUUGGGGUGCCACUAUCCCGGCAAGGAUCGCCUGCAGCUGGCCACCAUCUGGCUGUGGCAGGCCACCAUACACAUCCUCCAGUUGGGGCAAGUGUGGAGGUACAUCAGGACACUUUACCUCGGCCUCAUGUCGCGUCGGCAGAAGGAGCAUCAGCGCCGCUGGUACUGGGCCAUGAUGUUCGAGUAUGCUGACGUCAACAUGCUUCGGCUGCUGGAGACGUUCCUGGAAUCGGCGCCUCAGCUGGUCCUGCAGCUGUGUAUCAUGAUCCAGGAGAACCGGGCUGAGACGCUGCAGUGCAUCUCCUCCCUCGCCUCCCUCUUGUCUCUCGCCUGGGUCUUGGCCUCCUACCACAAACUGUUGCGGGACUCGCGUGACGACCAGCGCAGCAUGAGCUACCGUGGGGCUCUGCUCCACCUCUUCUGGCGCCUCUUUACCAUCUCGUCGCGUGUCCUCUCACUUGCCCUCUUUGCCUCGCUCUUUCAUAUCUACUUUGGCAUCUUUGUGGUGGUCCACUGGUCCGCCAUGGCCUUCUGGGUGGUGCACGGCGGCACUGAUUUCUGCAUGUCCAAGUGGGAGGAGGUGCUUUUCAACAUGGUGGUGGGCAUCGUUUACAUCUUCUGCUGGUUUAACGUGAAGGGAGGCCAGACGCGCCACAGAAUGAUUACCUACUACACGGUAGUGUUGGCAGAGAACACCAUCCUCACUGGCCUGUGGUACGCCUACAGGGACCCCGUGCUGACCGACUCAUACGCCAUCCAGGCAUUGUGCAGCGUCUACCUGACAUUUGCUGGUGGUGUCCUGGUUAUGCUGUUGUACUACGGCUUCCUGCACCCUGCCACUGGUCACCUCCAGCCAAAUCCUGCCUCCUCCUGCUGCGCCGAGCUGCUUUGGGGUCUUCCCCUUCCCCCUUCUGCGCCACCUACCGCCCCACCUACCCCGGCGCAUAUGACCAAGUCCCAGACAGAAGAGGAUGUGGCUGAGACGUGUCUUCCCGUCUUCCAGGUGCGGUCAGUGCCCCCCACUUCCAAGCAUGAGGGCCCACUUAUAAAGAUCGACAUGCCCAGGAAGCGUUACCCGGCGUGGGACGCCCACUACGUUGACAGGCGCCUGCGAAGGACUAUAAACAUCUUGCAGUACAUCACACCGGCCGCAGUGGGCAUCCGAUACCGGGAUGGACCACUGCUGUACGAACUUCUACAGUAUGAGUCUUCACUUUGACGCGCACACACGUUUCUGUUCACGAGUAGACACAUUCAGAGAGGAAUAAGAAACACACAGGUCACACUUGGAAUAAGCACAGAGACACGAAAGCAAUCUGACACAUUUUAACGCACACACCCACAUAAAACACACACACACAUUCCUUGUGAGCACCUUCAACUUGCGAGUCCUUUGGCUAUGACUCAACAAGCUGCCUCAGUGGGAGAUUUGAUUGUAGCCUCAGGUAUCUCUCCUCAUUGUUUUGGUCUAGCUACAGGCGACUCUGCAUCAUUGUACGUGCACAGGUCUCUCCGUUUCAGUACAGCAUUUCUUCCCUGUUGUAUGGCUUCACAUUCACAGCUAUGCAAGAUUACAUACGUAAAGGUUCUGGGCACCAUUACUUUUUAUUUCUUGCCUUUUACAAGGGAGAAUAAAUGUGUGUGCUUUUUUCCUCCUAAUUUUGUUGCAUUUGUCGAUUUUUUUUUUUCAACAGUUGACUAAUUCGGAAUGUUUUCAAAUAAGUUAAGAAGGGGUUUUAAACGAUAAAGAGAACCUUGGGAAUAACUGGUAUCCCCGACUGAGGAAUGUGCAUUCUUUCCAUGAAGAAACAGAACUUUUUUGUGCGUUUAAGUACUUAAAUGUUCCACUAUCAGGGUCUGCAAAGCAUAUAAUGCCUAUAAGAGGCUAUGUGUGUCAGUCACAUCACAUUUUAUUAAGCUAAAUUUAAAAAAGAAAGAAUGAUUGUUCCACAAUUGUGAAAGUAUCACCUCCUACUAUAGUUAUAUCAGGUUUGUUAAAAAAAAAAAAAAAGUUUUUGUGUGUACAUGAUUUCUAGUGUGGUCUUUAGCUUGAAAAUGAGUAGCUGUAGAAACUGUGCUAAAGAUGUGCGAAAGUAGCUUUUAAUUUUUUUUUAUUUUGAUUGUAAAUAGCUCUUUUUGUGUAAACUCAUUUGCUCAAUAUUGGCAGAGUAUACUUGUAGAUUGCUCAUUCCUUCCAUGGCUUGUAAAUGUUCUCUAUAAAUAUCCAGAAUGUAAAGUGAGAGAAGAAAUAUACAGUGCAGAUGUUUUUUUGUAGGAGUCUGUGCCAACGUGUUGUCCUAAAUAGAAGCACAAUGAUAAAUGAUACAAGUGUCUGUACACACGAUCAAGUUUUGUGAAGGCUUCUGCCAAAGGACCAAUUGGUUUAUUCGUUCACAUGCAUAGAAAUAAACGCAUUUUAAUUCUUCCAUUUACAACAAUCAUAGAAAUCUGAUUUAGAUUUAGUCAUUGGUCAUGCAGCUACAGUAUCAUAUUUACUUAGCAUAAAAUGGAAACAGCUCGCCAAGUUGAGGGAAUUUGAAGCAAGUUAAUUUUCAUGGAAGGGUUAAGGUGAGCCUUUAUCGAAUCAAAGAGUCUCCAGCAGCCUAAGCUGCGGAGAAGCAAGUUUAGUGGUGGUUAUAGUCGUCAGCCAUUUUAAAUGUCCGUGCACUGCACAAUUAAUUAUCCAGGAACCAACCUGUCUGUGGGGAGAAAUCCCCAAACUCACACCAAAUGUCUCAGUGGAAACCAGUGACACAAGCAUGCAUUGUGUAUCACUGGUUUCUUGAUAUGCUGUGUCUACAAUAUUGUCAAAUCAUUCUGGGAAAGAGUUAAAUAUUUUUCACAAAUGGCUCAACUGUGGCCAGUUUUAGAAAUUGAGUUAUUUUUCUUACAAUACCUCCUGAAAAUAAAAGUCUAUUUAUCUGCAAAGAUUUACAGUGAUGUAGAAAUGUAGCUAAGUAAUGACAUGCCGAAUAGAAUAUAUAUAAAUACACAGAAACAAGAGUAUGUAUGUCAGUAUUGUUUUAUAUACAGUACUUUCCUUUUGUUAUACUGUAUCGUUUGUUGUGACUGCA